UUCAAAAAUAGUUGUUUUCAUGAAAUAUUGACUUUUUGUGUCUGUCAUGAAGUGAUGUCUUUUCACAAACCUUCAGUAAAAUGAUCAUAUUUCGAUGAUGCAUUUGAUGUUAGUUCAUCAAUGUGACUAAGGAAGUGUUUAUACAAGCUUCAGUACAAUGUCGAAAAGCAAGUCUGAUGAGUGUGUGAAGGUGGUGGUGAGAUGCCGGCCCAUGAAUGAAAAAGAAAUAAAAGACGGUCAUCAGAGGGUUGUUGAUGUCUUUGUCAAGAGGGGAGUCAUUGAUGUGAAGAAUCCCAAGGGAUUAUCUGCAGAAGCACCAAAGACCUUCACCUUCGAUUCAGUUUUUGACUGGGAUUCAAAGCAACGAGACCUAUAUGAUGACAUUUUCUACGGCUUGGUUGACUCGGUGUUAGAAGGUUUCAAUGGCACCAUUUUCGCAUAUGGCCAGACUGGAACUGGAAAAACUUUUACAAUGCAAGGUGUUAAAAAUGAUCCAGAAUUAAGGGGUGUGAUACCAAAUUCAUUUGAGCAGAUAUUUCAGCACAUCUCACGUUCUGAAAACCAGCAGUAUCUUGUUCGAGCAUCUUACCUCGAAAUAUACCAGGAAGAAAUCCGUGAUUUAUUAUCCAGAGACCAGUCUAAGUUUUUAGAACUAAAAGAAAGACCUGAUACGGGUGUGUAUGUGAAGGAUUUGUCUUCAUUUGUGACAAAAAGUGUGAAAGAAAUUGAACAUGUUAUGAAUGUAGGAAACCAGAACAGAGCGGUUGGAGCUACAAAUAUGAACGAACACAGUUCCCGAUCUCAUGCUAUUUUCAUUAUCACAGUUGAAUGCAGUGAGUUGGGAAUGGAUGGUGAGAAUCACAUACGAGUCGGGAAGCUGAACAUGGUAGAUUUGGCAGGUAGUGAGAGACAAGCCAAAACAGGAUCCACGGGUGAAAGAUUUAAAGAAGCCACAAAAAUCAACUUAUCCCUGUCAGCACUUGGAAAUGUGAUAUCUGCUCUGGUUGAUGGAAAGAGUUCUUACAUUCCGUACAGAGAUUCCAAGCUCACACGUCUUUUACAAGACUCUCUUGGAGGAAAUGCAAAGACUGUAAUGGUAGCCAACAUUGGUCCGGCUGGUUACAACUAUGAUGAAACACUCACCACUUUAAGAUAUGCUAACCGGGCUAAAAACAUUAAGAAUAAACCUAAGAUCAAUGAAGAUCCAAAAGAUGCACUGCUUAGAGAGUUCCAGGAAGAGAUUGCAAGGUUGAAAGGUCAGUUGGAUGGUAGUGGUGGACCACGGAAGAAAAAGAAGAAAAGAAGAGUGAGAAGAAAUAAGAAUGGUGAGAUAAUCGAGGACAGUGGCGGUGAGGAUGAGGAGGAGGAUGAGGCUGAUGUUGAACACUACAUGCAGGACGCCCAGAUGAAGCUGGAGGAAGAGAAGAGAGCCAUCCUCAAUGACCAGUCACUUCUCUCAGAGGAGAAGAACAAACUUCUGGAAACCUUGACAGAAAAGGAGGAAGUUUUGAGACGAGAAAAGGAACAGCGCGAUGCACUUGAUAUGAAAAUCAAGGCAAUGGAAAGCAAGUUGCUGAUGGGAGGGAAAAACAUUGUCGACCACACAAAUGAACAGCAAAGAGCUCUGGAGCACCGUCGACAAGAAAUUGCUGAACAAAAGCGUGUCGAGCGAGAGAUUCAGCAGAAGCUGGAGGAAAAGGAAGAGUUCACAGUGGGAAUGCAGGAGACAUAUGCCUCUCUUCAACAGGAGGUCGAUGUCAAAACGAAGAAACUGAAGAAGCUGUUCAACAAGCUGCAGGUGACGAAGCGAGAGAUUCAGGACCUGCAGGAGGAGCACGUGAAGGAGCGACAGGAGCUGGAGCAGACUCAGAUGGAACUCACACGCGAACUCAAACUCAAACUGCUGAUUAUAGAAAAUUUUAUUCCACCUGAAGAGAAAACCAAAGUUCAGAACCGAGCUGUGUAUGAUGAAGAUGAAGACAUGUGGAAACUGAGACCACUCGCAAACAAAAACUCCCAGACAAUGGCAAAGAGACCUGUGUCUGCUCUUGGUAACCGACGUCCUGUCUCAGAGUUUUCAAAAAUGGCAUCUGCCAUGGGAGGUAACCCAAGAUAUAAGGGUGAAAACAUUCUGCAAGUGGAACUGGACAUGCCGAACCGGACGACCCGUGACUAUGAGGGUCCGGCCAUAGCGCCCAAGGUGCAGGCCGCUAUUGACACAGCUCUCCAGGAGGAGGAAGAUAUCGAUAUUGAUGGUAGCAGUGCUGGACUUUUCAAUCCAAAAGCAAGAAAUCCUAAGAAGAGAGAAAAAUCAGCGAGACCUAAAACUGCAAGUAAAAAGUCUUUAGGAGUUUCAACACCAAUGUAUCCAACGUCUCGUGGACUGGUUCCAAAGUGAAAUCAGAAUAACGUCUGUUUAUGGUACAGAGACAUAUUGGACGUGUUUCAUAGUGAAAUCAGAUUAACUUCUGUUUAUAGAACCAACGCUGACUGCUUUACACUUUGGCAUUUUAACAGAACAGAUGGUGUAUUUAUCAGAAGCACAAAUGAUCGGCUUACCGUUAAUUUUAUGCAACAUGAAAUAGAAUUACAAGGACCCGUGCUUAUACAACUUUGAAGUUCAGAUUGAAGACUUAAGUAAAGUCUCCUGACUCUACAUGCUCUUUUUAUGGACUCAGCUUUAUUAAAGUCUAAAGUCUGGAUUCUAAAGUUUUAUAAGAACAGAGAAAGCUUUCACCGAGUAUUAUUGUACAGUAUGUCUAUACUUACAUGAUUUAUGUGUUUAUUACGGGAUAAAACUUGUCCACCUGCAUGUGUUGCCACUGUCAAUGGUUGUGUAGAAAAUACUUUAUUUUUGGUGAACACCUGUGAUAUUACAGUUCUGUCCCUUGCUGCUGUGUCCAUGCUGACAUGGGUUGCCUGAUCGUCUUUGUCAUAUGAGUGUCUUGUAUGAGAAUAGCUGAUUGUAUAGCAACCGCUGAAAUCAUAAUGUUAGUCUUGUCACAAUUGGCUAUUGUCGUAGGAGGCACUUGUAACUCGUAUCGAGUGGUGUAGCCUUUAAUGUAAGAAUUACUCUGUGCUUCCUGCUGAGGCCAACCGUAAAGAAAAAUUAUCUAUAAUUUUAUAAUAUAAUCUAUAAUAUAAUCUGAACAAAAACAAUUUUCCAUCAAUUUAAAAAAAAAAAAAAUUGGUCACUGAUCCUAAUUUCAGAGAUGAGUAUAUUUUCUGUUUUGAGUAAAUAUGUAUUUCGAGGUACUAUAAACACCAGGAUGAGCCAUUCAUUGGAUUUGUCAAACGUGGUAAAGUAAGUAAGACCUGUAAUUUAAUGGUAAACAUUUGGUAACCAUCACAAGGAUUUUCUACUAAUAGCUAGGGUUAGAGUUUUAAUAUAUGAAUAAUAAUAAUAAUAAUAAAAUAACAACUCAACAAACCUAUAACUAAAAUAAUGGAUUAAACAGCAGUAAAUUGGGUUUUUUAAAUUAGAAGUGUGGCCUCAAUGAAGAUCCGUUGUACCAUUUUUUUGAAUGAAGAAUUUUGGACUGAUGACCUUAAAUUUUGAUUAAAAGUAAAAAUGCUGAUCACUAGUUUGCUAGCUGUAUUGAUUACUGAUAUCUGUGUAACGAUGUACAUUUGAUUGUGAUUUGUUUUGAAAGUUUUUACAACAUCCUGGUCAGAUUGAAGGGUUGGCUUGUAUAAUAGGGUUACCUUUAAGUAAACUGAACCAUUGUGGGACCAAAUGUUUCUGUUAUCUUUUGGUAAGUUUGUGUGUUUGUUACUCCUUUCGCCUGGUUCUCUGUGAAUGUAGGGAUGUAAUAAAGAAAAUACUUUUCUGGUGCACUAAUAAAAGCAUACUGGCAAAUCUAGGAAUAUCACCCAAACAAGAAUUUGUGUAGCAUACUGUAAUUUGGGAGAAAAAUGCAUGCAUAUACAGUUUUGCCUUGUUUGCGCUCAACCUUAUGUCACAAAAUGUGUAUGCAUGCAUUAUUUUCAUUGCAUAUAUGUACUGCAGAUACCAACAGUUGUUUAUGAAAUUCUGUAUUCGUAAAAAAAAACAAACAAAAACAAAGCAUAAUAUUAAUCUAGUUUAAAGUUUGAUUUAGGAUAAAGUUAACGUGAUUUAUUCCAGUACCUACAUGGCCCGUUUUUAAAAAUAUAUUAUUUGUUGGGACCUGAAUAAUCGAAUUUUCAGCUAACUAAACUUACAAUGUUGAUUUAUUCAUGUAUGUUAGUUAUAGCAAUAAGAAAGCAAAGUGAGGAUAAUGUACAAAUAUAGACGAAGCAUUUUGUAUGGUUUAUUUGAACAGGUCUACCCUGGGAAUGGAGGGAAUAAAUAACUAGAUAUAUUCUGAUGUAUCAGUGUUUGUUGUGUGAUUUUAUAUUUGUUACCAAUACCUAAAAACAAAAACAAUUCACAAAACAAUUAGUCUUUGAAUGUAAAACACAUACCUGCAUAAAGAUAUUUGUUUCUUAUUGCUGUCACUUUCACCUGGAAAAACUUAAUCAUUUUAUCGGUGAUCUUAAAUACUGAUCUGUGAAAUAAAGCUUUGUUUCCAUUUUAUGUCAUUGAUGUGAAAUUUGGCUAGUAUUGAGCACCGCAUUUCCAUUAAAGGCACGAUGGAACAUAUGAAGUCAUGCAUUAUAUCUAACAUAUAUUUAAGUAAGCUAAAUAUCUUUAACCUUUUGUUUUUUAAUCAAAACCCUUCUAUUUUGUAUUUAUUGAAAUUGACUGCUCUCGUUCCACAAACAGAUUGUUAUGCUGACUAGGGCUUGUUUUUUCAUAUCAUAUUUAUUCCAGUAUUUUGUUUUCUUUGACAGGAGUAAAUGUUUAUUUAUGUAUACAUGAGAAUGUAAUAUAUUAUGUUUGAUACCUAACUUAAUAAAAUGUGAUAUGUUGUAUAGAUUAUGGUAAAACGUUAUUUAGAAGGUCACUUGCAGGACUUGUGAAAACUGGUCUCAUUAAUGAAACCCUAACUCAACCACAUCUGUAGUCCACUGAUUCAGAAAAUGGGACUUAAAACCAAACUAUUAUAUAUAUGUUUAUAUAUAUAUAUAUAUAUAUAUAUAAUAUAUAUAGUCUUUGUAUUAAUUACCGGUAAAUAAAUAAUUAAAAUGAAACCAAAACAGUUACUCAGAAACAGACCUUUAGUUAAUAUUACAAUGCAUACUCGUGAGAUGGUAUAUUAUAAAAUAUGCACAUUGUUGUUGAUCUUUAAGUUUUGUUGAAUUUUUUUUUUAUGAAUUAUUUUUAUGAUGUAUUGUAUAAGUAGAUAGUGUUCUGUUUUUGACAGUGAUAAGAAAACCUAUCUGUUAAGAAAGGCAUGUCAGUCAUAAAGAUGUGAAACUUUCUUCUUCUGUCAUUCAUUUAGAGGUCCGAUGUAAAUCAGAUGGGUCAGACUGUCUAUUUCACAUCUGGCCAUGUCUUAAGUGUGUUCAUCUGUGAUAACUAUUUCCAAAUACCAAAAAAAGGAAAAUAUUCUACCUAAUGCCUUGAUGUUAAUUACCUGAAUGUUCACCAUACAUUGACAAUACUUAAAGUUAAAGUUCUAAAAUCCAAGUGAAUAACAUGGAUUUAUUAUCCAUAUGGUUCAACAUAACCGAGUUAAUAAUCAUCAUACAAAGCACACGUGUAAUGACAUAAUUUUUGGAAAUGACAUCAUGUUAUGACGUUGCUUCCCCAGUCUUAGCUCAGACUGCAUGUGGAAUAUGACGUCAUUUCAUCGUUUCCUUCAAGUUGUGGUUGAAUAAUUUUGAGACGGUCCUUGCUAUUCUAAAAACAAAACAAAAAUAAAAAUAUGGAUAAUAAAGAAAUUAUUACACUCGCAGCUUGUGUAUCGUACUGAUUUUACGAAAUUCGCUCGGGCAAUACAAAAAUCCUGACACUCGUUUCGUAAUAUCAAUACGACAUACAAGCUCGUAUAAUAAUCUAUAUAUAUCAAACUGUUACUGUACAAACAAUCCAACUAUUUAUCACUUUAUUAUUCAUGGAUUUGAAUCAUAUUUUUUUAUUGGCAAUAUGACAAUUUUUUUACUGAAGAAAAACUUUGGUUGAAGUAGGGGUUUUUCAUUUCACAUUUAGUGAUUUUAUUUUGUGUAAUUUUUAUUUAUUUAGGCUUUUUAUAAAAUUGAGCUUCGUAUUUAUUAAAAUGAUUACGUCUAGCAAAGGUAUAAAACUGCUACUUAGACUUAUUUUAGAUGGUCAUGUUCUGAUAUCAGUUUAUAAAAUUAAAGCAACCUAAAACUGUUUUUUACUUACCGGUACAGUGAAUUGUUGGUGCAUAAAUAUUUAUUGCCAAGUUAAUGCAUUUGUAGUUAUUUAUAAUUAAUUUAACAUCUGUCGGUAUUGUUUUAUACACAUUUUUAAAGAUUUGUACUUUAUUACUGUGAAAUUAGUUGUAGGUUAACUGUGUCACAAUUUAUUUUCCAGUACUAGAUAUCAAUUAACUGACACUGAAUUAUAAGAAAUACCUGAAUGCAAAAUAUUUUUCUUGUUUUUAACUUCUCAGUUACUGUGAACUGGAUUCUUAUGUGAUUGACAAAGUGUUAAUUUUUUUUACUAAUAAAUCAAUGUGCUCUAGUGGUCUUGUUAAACAAACUUUAAGUCCGUUUUUUUUUCAGAGAAUGAAGUGUGCUUAAAUUUAAUGUUCUGAUUCCAGUUGAAAUCCUAAUUCUUAUUGCAAAAUAUCUGUAAUAUCCAUUAACAAUUCCUUAAAGGGACACACCCUAGUUACGUUUAUUUGUUAACCAUUACGGCGUUGUUUUUCGCUAUUAAACCCCACUUUUCACAAAUAAAAUUGCACUUUACUUACAUUUUAUUAUUUAGAAUACACAUUUCCAUUCACCUGAAGUGCUUUUUGGUAAUCCUGAUGUGUGUAAAAGCACGAAAUGCAUUUUUUGCUUUUUUUUCACAAAACGUGUUGUCGAGAGAAAACAGUUAAGCAAGCAAGGUCCAAUCUAUUUUUAAUGUCACAGACGUUGGUAUAUCACGUGACCGUUAUCAUUUUGGUUCGGUUUGUUUUCUCGUGCACGGUUCGCGCAAUCAACAUCCGAUUUGUUGUUGUUCAUUUGUGA